AUGGCAUCGCUGCAUUCUCUUGUUAAUUACGGCGCCGAUAGUGAUAAUGAAGAUGAACAAGAAGAUAGAAAUAAGGAUAGCUUAGUAGAGUACAGAGAUGAAGAUUCUGCUUUUAAGGCAGCAGAACCAACGGUGGUAUCCGACUCCGCUACAGACCUGCAUGCCAAUGGAAAGGCUGCUUUCUACGUUAGCGAGUCGGAUGAUGACUCUGCUAAAGGUAAGCUAGUUAAUACAGAUCAAGACGAAAUUGAUAGAGUUCAGUUACCUCCUGAACCGGAUGGGAUUCAUUCUCUGAAUGUGCAGAAAAAAAUUAUAACGAUGCUAGCCAGGAAGAUGGACAGUAAUAUGAAUAAAAUUUUGGAAAAACGGAAGAACUUUAGGAAUCCCAGUAUAUAUGAGAAAUUAGUGGAAUUUUGUGCAAUAGACGAAACUGGAACCAAUUAUCCAGCUGAAAUGUACAACCCAAAGUUAUGGGAUAAACAUGACUAUUACAAUGCAAUAGCAAAAGUACAGAAGGAAACAUAUGAGAAGAAAGAAAAGGCUAAACAAAGUCGCACUCAGUAUAUUUCUAUCGUUAAGGAGAUGAUGCAAACCGGAAAAGGAAGAAACGCUGUAAAUAGCACAUCGAUUCAGAACAAUUUGUGUCGUGGCAGUAUGUCAUCUUUGUACAUAGUCUAA